AUGAGUUUCGGGCGGCUGGGCAAGCGGCGCAUCGGGGACGGAGCAAAGCAAUCGAUGCAGCUCUCUAAAUUGCCUUCUGCACUCCAAUUUGCUCAGCUUCAAUGCUCGACGCGGCCAAGGUCGCUUAUCUCCGCGCUUACCCUCGCCACGACUGCCCAAGGCAGAACAUACGCAACUAGACUCCUAACCAUCACCGCCACCACUACCUUUCUGAGCUUGCCAGCUAACGCUACUAUACUAUGCCAAACAAGUCGAAACACAUCAACAGCUGCCAACGCAUCCUCCCGCAGCGGCAGUAGCGGCAGCAUCAACCGCCGUACUGUAUGCGGCGCCAGCCAUUGUAGUGGCGGCGAUAUCACGAGCCUUGGGCAUCUCCCGCGCCUGGAGGAAUGGCUCCGGAACCAUGGCGGGACGGUUAACGGUGUGGAGCUACGGUCGGUCAUGUUCCCCUCAGGGGCGGUGGAUAGGCAGCUCAGGGCCUCAGAGGACCAUCCCGCCGGCACCCUUCUGAUUGCCGUACCCAGGAUGCUACAGAUUCGGUACGACAACAUUGAGGAGGCCGCCGCCACUGCGGCCGCCGCCGUCAACCCUGACGCCGUCAACGUUGCCGCCGCCGCAGUAGCAGAAGCCGGUGCCGCGGGGGCAGCCCAAGACAGCGCCAGCUCGCUGGUUAUCCCGGCUGCCGACGCCGCCGCACUGGUUGCACUGUACGGCAUGAUGCCGCGGGGCAGCGACACUGGCGCCGCCGCCUGGCAGUUUAAGCAGGCCCUGACGUUGCUGUACCACCUGUCCCGUGGGUCGGCCUCGCCGCUGCUGCCGUACCUGGCCUACCUUCCGGGCCUUGCGCGGGGCGUCCCGACACCGCGCGUCGCAAUGCUCAUGUACGACGACGCGGUCGACGAGCUGCAGUACGGUAGCAUCAUACAAGAUGUACGGAACCAGAAGUACUGGCUCCGCCACGUCAUCCGGGAGGUAUUCGGCCGGGGAGACGGGCAGACGGGGGGAGCUGCUGCCCAUAUGGCGAAUCACGUGGCGCCGUACUCGGCAUCUAAUUGUGAGAUCCGUACGACACCAGCCGGGGAGGUCACCAUGUACUCUAAGCGUCCUGUGAGCCGCCGUGGGUUGGGUUGGGGGGGUAAGAUUCGGGCGGGAGAAGAACUGACACUGACGUACGGCACGCACGACAAUCAUAACCUGCUGUUGUCGUACGGAUUCACACUGCAGCCAAACCCGCACGACGCGUUCUACUUCGACAUGGAUCUGGAUGUUCUAGAGAAGACGGAGGUGGCGGACGCGAUGGCGGCGUCAGGGACUCGUACGACGGUUCGGGAUGUACGGCAGCCGGUGGACCCCAAGCUCCUCGCGGCUCUCCGCAUCGCUACCUUGCAGGAUAAGACGUGGUACGGGAUUCUGUCGCCCAUGAUGGUGGAUCAGAUCGGCGGCUGGGGCAACCUGCUGGCGCGGCAGCAGGAGAUCACCUUGAUGCGGCUGCUGGCGGCGCUUGUGGCCGCUCUGUAUAGCUCCGGCUUCCCCACCACCAUUCAACAGGACCGGCAACUGCUAGCAGCGGCAGCUCUAGACACCGCCGCCGCCGCCGCCGCAGCGACGCUGUCACCCCUGGAAGCCGACUACCCUGCCGCGGCAACCACCAGCAGUACGACGACCGCCACUGCCGAUGGGGAGGGCGGUGGAAGGAGCAGUGGCGGCUGGGUGGUGCGGCCGCGGGGGGUGUCCGGCGCUGCAGCGGCGCACUUGCGCGCCCGGGACAUGGCCGAGGCCGUUCGCUUCCGCCUGGGUCUCAAAAGCUGCUUGGAGGGGUGUCUGCAGGCGCUGGUGGCCAGGGCGAAGGAGCUGGAUGAGCUGCAGAAGCUUCGGUGA